GCCGCUGCCGCCAGCUCCACUGCCGCCGCGUCUGCGAUCGGAAACUUCGGCUCAUGCUCAGUUCCGCAAAUCGAGUUCGGUGUCGGCUUCGACAACCGCAAGGAGACGUCAUUCCAGCCCGUUGACAAGACCUCGUUCAACCACGGCAGCGCCCAGAACAUCGACAUCAUCACUCAGUUCAUCUGCGACACACUCACGAACUCGUGCAAGGCUGACCAGACCGCGAAGGACACCUGUGCCAAGGCGAAGGCUGCCGCGGACACCGUCACUGCCAAGACCGGUGGUCAGGCCGACGCCUUCAACGCUGUCUUCGGUAUCACCACCCAGUUUGCAGACGUCGCUAGCGUCGAUGACCAGGGCAACGUGAUCGCUGGUACCGGCUCCGGCGCGGCUGCCGCUGCUUCGUCCGCCGUCUCUUCCGCCGCUGCUACCACCGCUGCUGCCGCCGACGACGCCACCUCGACCGCUGCCUCAUCCGCCAUUGGCAACUUCGGAUCGUGCUCGGUCCCGCAGAUCGAGUUCGGUGUCGGCUUCGACAACCGCAAGGAGACAUCGUUCGAGCCCGUCGACAAGACCUCGUUCAACCACGGCAGCGCUCAAAACAUCGACAUCAUCACUCAGUUCAUCUGCGAUACGCUCACCAACUCGUGCAAGGCCGAUCAGACCGCGAAGGACACCUGUGCCAAGGCGAAGGCUGCCGCGGACACCGUCACUGCCAAGACCGGUGGUCAGGCCGACGCCUUCAACGCCGUCUUCGGUAUCACCACCCAGUUCGCAGACGUCGCGAGCGUCGAUGACCAGGGCAACGUGAUU